AUGGGCCCCUGUACCGCCUCCUCAUGCUGCUGCCAGGCCCCUAAUCUGCCAUGGGCCCCUAUACCGCCUCCUCAUGCUGCUGCCAGGCCCCUAAUCUGCCAUGGGCCCCUAUACCCGCCUCCUCAUGCUGCUGCCAGGUCCAGAGUCUCUCAUGGGUCCCUGUACGGCCUCCCAUUGCUGCUGUCUCCAUCGCCACACUCUGCCAUGUGCCACUUUCAGGUCUCCUCACACACUGCUGGUGUGUUGAAUUUUUUGACAUAGGGUGCUGGCAGAUUACGGGCCUCCUAUAGUUGCUGCCAGGCCCCUAAUCUGCCAUAGGCCCCUAUAUACCGCCUCCUCACUGCUGCCAAGGUCCAGAGUCUCUCAUGGGUCCCUGUACGGCCUCCCAUUGCUGCUGUCUCCAGCUGCCAUGUCCACUUUCAGGUCUCCUCACACACUGC